AUGCGGUCUCUCUGGAAGGAGAGGAAUAACAGGUGCUUUGAAAAUAUUUAUUCCUCCAUAUCUCAAUUACAGGAGCUUGUCAUUACUCGAUUGUGCUGGUGGAUAAAGGGAUGGGAUGAUCCAUUCCCAUAUGGACCGAAUGAAGUUCUCAGGUACCCUCAAUGCCUUGAUUGGGCCCCUGUCCAGAUUCAGCCAAAUCUUGCCCAGCCCUCUAUGGGUCUUGCGUGUUGGGCCCCGCCAGAUCAAUUCAAGUAUAAAUGGAAUGUUGACGCUUCCCUGAAGUUAAGUGAAUCCAAAUCAGCUAUUGGAGGGGUCCUUAGGGACUCCCAGGGUAAAUUUUUAUGCAUUUUCUCAAGCCCUAUUCCUUUUAUGGAGAUUAAUCAUGCAGAGGUAUUGGCCAUUCACAGAGCAGUCAAGCUAUCAUCCACAAUUGAUUAUCUAUCUCAGUCAAAAAUUGAGAUUGAAUCGGACUCUCAAAACGCAGUUCAUUGGUGCAACAAUAAAAAUGAGGGGCCUUGGAAUCUAAAUUUUACAAUCAAUUUCAUCAGAAACGCGAUGUGUCGUGGUAUGGGAAUCGAAAUCUUCUACAGAAGCCGUGAGUCGAAUAUAGUGGCAGACCAUCUUGCUAAGCAAGGUCUCUCAAGGGUAGACGAGUUUGUGGCGUGGUUAUAG